AUCACUGGUUUUACUACAGCGUAAACAGGCAUUCAGGACGGCCGCUUAGGGCAAGGAGGAAAUUUCCGGAAGCUCCACCCCCUCCCUGGUAAAGCCACGCCCCCUCCAGGCUGUACAGGAACUUGCAUUUCUCGGUUUGCAUCUCGGUGUUGGGUUUGCGUGUUGACCGGGCUGCUAUCAUGCCGGGCCUCCUCCUGGGAGAUGAAGCGCCCAACUUCGAAGCAGAGACCACCCACGGCAAGAUCCGCUUCCACGAGUUCCUGGGAAACUCAUGGGGCAUUCUCUUUUCUCAUCCACGGGACUUCACUCCAGUCUGUACCACAGAGCUUGGCCGAGCAGCAAAGCUGGCACCGGAAUUUGCCAAGCGUAACAUUAAAAUGAUAGCCCUCUCCAUAGAUGACGUCAAUGACCAUCUCUCCUGGUGCAAGGACAUCAAUGCCUACAAUAAAGAUCAGCCCACAGAGAAGCUCCCCUUUCCAAUAAUUGCAGACUCCAAGCGAGAGCUGGCGGUUCAGUUGGGGAUGCUGGAUCCAGAUGAGAGAGACAAAGACGGCAUGCCUCUGACUGCUCGUGUUGUAUUCGUAUUUGGUCCAGACAAGAAACUCAAACUCUCUAUCCUCUAUCCAGCGACCACUGGAAGAAACUUUGAUGAGAUUCUAAGAGUCAUUGAUUCCCUGCAGCUAACAGCUGCUAAGAAAGUUGCCACCCCAGUUGACUGGAAGCCUGGGGAUGAAGUCAUGGUAAUUCCAAGCCUGUCGGAUGAAGAAGCCAAAAAGCUGUUUCCAGGUGGAAUUUGCACUAAGGAACUCCCAUCAGGCAAGAAAUACCUUCGCUACACUGCUCAUCCAAAAUAAAAAAUAAUAACUUUGAAGAAGGGUUGAACAGACCAGAAAGUUGGUCACUGGAGCUUUUUAGAACAAGUGAUAUAGCUGCCUUGUGUGAAGAUGUGUUUGGAGAAAUUGUUAAAGAUGGAAUAGUUGAAAGCAUUUUGUUUAGCUUCUCCUUGGAAUGUGAUGCCUGAAUGUCUUUGGCCUGGUGUAGUUUCAGCUACUUCUCAAGUCAAAGCUGCUUCUCUUCUUCUUUGUGAUCAGACGUCUGGGUUUUGGUUGUGAGCAGAGUCUGCAAUAAUGUACUAAUGGACAGUUAAUUAUUUACUUUUAACCCUUCAGUUUUCUGUUCUUUGGUCACAUAAUCUCUUGUGUCCACGGUAUUAAAAACUUGUGAAUGGAAGCUAAAUUCUCUUGCUGCCAAAUGUUUCCUGGUUGAGCAGAGAAGAAUCUCAAUAUUGUUCCAAUAUAGCCAUGCACUUUAUUUUCUUUUUUAAAAAAGAAGGAUGUGAGGGUUCACCAGCGAAAAAUUAAGCUGCAUUUUUUUUCCACAGUGGGAAGUUUGUUCCAUUAACCAUGUGCCUUUAUUGCAAAGAAAUUAACCUUACUACAAAGAAGUGAACCGACUGUAUUAGUUAAAAUCUGUCAUGGAAAGCUUGUGUUCGUUAUACCAGUGUUGAAUGAGAGAUGUGAAGAAGAUAAGCUUUACUGAACAAACAUUUAUCAACUGUUCCAGUAUCUUUAACUUUUUGGUCAUACUCCUUCAAUCAGAAAAUAAAGUUAGCCUCUA